UUGGUAUACAUACAGUUGCUGUACAUAGCAAUGCAAUGUAUAGGAUUGUCUCUUUGUUUCUACUAAUGAGGAGCCUCAUUAAGUUAUCUAAAUAAAGGUCAGCAAGUGAUGUUCACAGAUGCUAAAAUCUGCCAUAUUGUAAGUCAGACACGAUAGUAUAACACAAGGUAUACAUUGUACUGAAAAUGAAACUGAAUAAUUUAGAAAAAAUACUGUAUAUAGGACUACUAGUGUUAAUACAGAAGCCUUGAGUUCAUAAAGUUACAUUAACAAAUUAUGGCUACGAUCGAGUGUCCUGUAAGCGCUGAUUUUUCCAAAACAAUUGACUUUCCACCAAAUAUGUCUAUCAGAUUUCAAGAAUGUGCAGACGAUUUGAAAAAAAUUGGAAUUUCCCCUGAGUUAGGAUUUGUUCUUGCGAACCCAUUGCAAUCAUUGCCACCGUAUUUUGAAGUUUGGGAAAAGCUGGCUAGGAAAACAGCAAGUCUGGUUGAAGACGGAACAUUGCGAGCCGAAAUACAAAAGAUGCCAUUUUUACACCACGAGCACCUACAAUCACAUAAAGAAUUGCGGCUUGCCCACACGUGCCUGACGGCUUUGGUGCAUGGCUAUGUUUGGAUGGCAGGAGAACAAAAUAUAGUCUCAAGUAUUCCGAUGAACUUAGCAAUACCUGUGUGUGGAGUAUCAGAACGACUCGGAAUUGAUCCUGCCCUUCGACACUACACGUUCGUUUUGAAUAACUGGACGCUCCGAGAUAGAAGUAAAAAAUUAGAACUAAGUAAUGUUGAAACUAUCAUAAAAGUACGUGGAGGGGAAGACGAAUCUUGGUUUUUCAUGGUUGCCCUCCAAAUGGAACUUGACGCAGCGCCAGGCGUGUGCGCAAUAGUUCGAGCUCAGCAGGCUGUCAAGGGCGCGGAAACAAAAGUACUGAAAGACUGUUUAAUGGCUAUAUCUGCUUCUAUAUCACAAGUUGAACUGGCACUUAAAAGAAUGCAUGAACAAUGCCGCCCUGAUGUCUUUUACGGCGUACUUCGACCGUUUUUUAAUGGGUGGGACAGUACUGCGUUUAAAUCGAAGGGCUUACAAGGUCUCAUAUAUGAGGGCGUGAGUCCUCAUCCAAGAGUAUACGCUGGUGGUAGCGGCGCUCAAAGUGCUAUAUUAUUUGCCUUCGAUGCGGCACUAGGAGUCACUCAGUCAAAUUCUGGUUACAAGAUGUUUUUCAACAUGCUGUGUCCUGCCCAUAAGCAAUUUGUUGAAACUACCAGAAAUGGGCCAUCAAUUCAGUCAUAUGGUAAUAUCUUUAUUAAAACAUAAUGAUAUCUUUUUAAUUUUAUAGUAAUAUGCUUAGUAUAGUAGGCCUACAUGUUUACUGCAAUACCACUGCUGCUGUUACUGUUCUUUCAAGUGAGUUUGGAAUCAGAGCUUUUUUCACACAAGCAAACAUCUCACAGUCUACUGCGAUAUAGCAAUAGUUUCUGCCGUUUCCACGUGGGUUAUUGAGUAUUUCAAAACGAAAAAAAAAAAAAAAAA